CCACACAGUUGGUAGAGUGACUGCUGACCUGAGAUGAUUUGUAGGAAGAGUGCUUAAAGACAGACUGGUGAUACAUGUAAAAAUGAUCAUGUAGAAAUUGAAUAUGACUCUACCAAGAGCUGUUCGAGAAUGGCUGUCUGAAUUCAAGUCCCUGCCAGACAGUGAAAUCCACACGUAUGCCAGCACUGUCCGACAGAACGAAGAACUGACCAGUAACCUGUACUGCUUGUUUGACAGGCUUCCUCAUGUCGAGGUUCUGGAUCCUGUCUGUCACCAGCUGUUUGAGUUUUACAGAUCCAGGGAAUCCGGACUGAAGGCCUUCAGUAAGGAGUUCAUACCAGUCAUUAUAUGGGCAUACCUGUCUGCACUGAGCACCUCAGGGAAAAAGGAAACAAUGACUGCAGAUUUUCAGCUUCUUCUUGUUAAAUACUACGGAACCAAUAUGGAUCAUAUCUUUCACACUGUGAGGUCCAAGACCCUCAAACUUGGUCAGUUGAUGCAUCUUAGGGGGAAGAUGUGUUGUGAACCAAAAACUGUUAGAGGGCUUGAAGCAUUCCUGUUGGGAGUCUACAAUCUGGAAACAACAUCGUCAGAUGGAAGACUAAAAGUGAAGACAUUCCGCAUUCCAACAUUUUCUCAGCCCUCCCUGUACCAUGAGCCUUUGAGUAUCAGCAGUAUCUCUUUGACUGAGAGUGCCCUGUCCAGAUUGGACCGCCGCGAGGCAGAAGUGUGGUGCAGCGGGCCCCCACCCCAGUAUGAAGCCAUUAAUGGACAAAACAGGCAGUCUAUUCUGUCCAACAUUCUCCAAACAUACAUGGCAGAGAUCGCUGAGCUCACAAGCCAGUCCCAUCACUGGUUCUGUAAAUCUUGCUCCAGGAUAGCAACCACUGGGUUCCUGAAUCUUGCUGACCUUUACACGGAGGAGGAGGCCUCAUUUUCCCUGUCUGACUCCCCUCAGUCAGUCAGGCGUCACAGUCAGUAUGGGGACCUACCCCCUAGACUGGCCAUCAGCCCCUCCCUAAUGAUUGAGAUGCUGUCAGGCCUGUACUAUGUCACGUUUAACAGCCAGCCAGCUUUGGGAUUAAAAGCUAUUUAUGAUCUUCAUCAUAGAGCCAGCUACGAGCUGUAUGCAGACGUAAUUCUGGUGACCAAUGCGAUGAUCAACAGUCUGCAGACUGUCUUGUCCAGUUCCAGCAACAGUCUGAGAGGAAUGAUGGCAGUCACUCCAUCCACUUCUGCUCACUCGAUCUCCAAGUCUGCCAUUACUAAUGCUUCAUUCAGAGCCAAGAAAUUACCAGAUGACAUCAACAUAGUCCAGGAUGAGGAUACAGCCAAACUAGCAACUAUUGAUGAAGACUCACCAGAGGUUAUCUCCCCUAAGGCAGCAUCAAAGUCCUCCAAGUUCAACUUGGCUAAAGCAAUACUAAAGGGAGACAAAUCCAAACUAAAGGAGCCAAAGAAGGAGGCACCAGAGCACAAAACCAGUUUGUCAAACGGUGAUACAACAGAUUCGGUUCACGUGGCUGUUGUGAAAAACAACUCGAGAAUCGUCGUUGAUAACAUGGAGAUGCAAUCCUACAAUCGAAAAAAUGUUGACCUUGACAACAGUGACGAUAAAACGUCAUCUCCGCUGAUUCCCAAACCUAGAUCGGCAAGCAGUAUUGGGAAAGAUAUGAAGGCUAAGCUUCAGGAACACAAUCGAAACCCAUCAGGAUCAUCUGUUAAUUCAGACAAUUAUAGCACAAAUUUAUAGGCUUCUGAUAAUUGCUAGUUUUCUGCUAUGGAUGAUAAAAAUAUAUUUUUAGAUAAAAAUAAGGUGAUAACCAUUGUUGUAAUGUGUGAUAGUUGAUCAGAAUGUGUCGUUAGAUUCUUUUUGUAUGUUUUUCUGAUCUCUUAUUGUUAAUACAUGUAGAUAUUUAUUAAAUCAUAUCAUUUAA